UGUCAAUAUACCGUGUGGACAAUUUUCAUUUCUCGCACUGUAUCUGGGUCAAGUAUCUAUCAGCUUACCUAACACGGUGACAGCUAACCCGGCAUUUAUCCGCCCAAAGUGACGUCCCCAUCAUUGUCUCUACAUGAAAUGAGCUAAGGUAUCAAUCAAGUAGCUCCUCCGACGUCAGCCUUCAUUUAAUAAACCACCAGCCUUGUCCCGGUCCAGAGCCCCUCCACUUCAUCCGCCGAGCUUGAAACCGGGUUCCCAUAUAUCAAUACAACCUCACCACCCCCGAGCAGAACCGGCUGUCUGCCGUGGACCGUUGACAAAAUGCCGGCCUACAACUCCAUGUUCAACGAGGACCCUACCAUCCCGCGCCUCAUCGGCAACGUGCCCCUCCUCCCACUACGCACCAAGACCCGCGGGCCCGCCUACGUCCUGCCCGCACCGAACCCGCCCCUCCCCGCCAAUGAAUCCCCCGACCCGGAUUCAGAGUCAUAUGACAUCCUCGACGAAGUGCUCUCCUUGUUCCGCGCCAACACCUUCUUCCGCAACUUCGAGAUCCAGGGCCCCGCCGACCGCCUGCUCAUCUACGGCAUCCUGUUCGUGAGCGAGUGUCUGGGGAAAAUCCGCCCUACACAUGGUGUGCGCGAUGCUACCAAGGAGGUCAUGAAUACCGCGCUUGAUAUCAAUUUCUCUAUACCUGGGGAUCCGGGCUUUCCUUUGAAUCAGGUAUGUUGUCAUAACUUCUUCCUCCUCUCCUUGUCCUUCGUAGCUUUUACUUAUGUUGGUAAACGCCAAAUUGAAUCAACUUCAUAGAGGAUAUAACGAAUCCAUCCCUAUUUCCUUUUCUUUUAUUUCUAACUGAUUUACUCCCCAGAUGUACGAACCUCCACAAGACCGCCAAGACGCAGAACAGCUACGGCAGUACCUAUCCCAAUUACGACAGGAGCUUGCCGCAAGGUUACUCGCGAGAGUAUACGAGGAUGGAGGGGAUGGGAAGCCGAGUAAAUGGUGGCUGAGCUUUACGAAGAGGAAGUUCAUGGGGAAGGCGCUGUAAACCGGGGUUGCGGGAAGUUUUGGUGGUAGAGUGGGAGAAGGAUCGCGAGGUGGGAUAAGAGAAACUAAAUAUGAGAAUUAUAGGGAAUUAAGUACCUAGCUGAUUCGGCCCUUAUCGUCCCUCUCCCCCUUUUCCGCGUUGAUGCUUAUGAGGAGCAAUGAGUGAAAGCCAUUGAAUAUAAAUAAGAGAAAACAAAAGGUCCCAUUCCUUCUGUCUAAUAGGGGGUAUCCUUGUCUCGCUGCGUCCCUAUCUGCCAGCUUCCUUGCCUGCCUACCUACCUACCUCCCUGCCUAUUUCGGUAGAUAGCUCAUAUAUGUAUACUUAGGUAUGCCUAGUCUAAGAAAUUCAUUCUCUCCAAUGCGCAUUCCUUUACUGAGGCACUUACACACUCACCCACUUAUUCACCAUAUUCACCUUCUUGCUACACUCACUCACCUAGGUACCUACUCACUCACUCACUCCCUUUCUUGAUUAUUGGUAAGAAAAUGCCC